AGGUAGUCACAUGGAGUGGUUUCGUCUACCAAGUGGCCUUCCAUCUGCUCUACCUGGACAAGCAAAGCCACUUAUCAAGAGACAGACAUCUCUUGGGGCACUCGCGGGCGAAAUAAUGAUGUUUGCCUUGAAGAUAGGAAGGGUGUGGCCAACCAGUUGUUUGUAGUCACAAUGGGAAGGUGGAGCCAUAAUGAACUGCCUAAAAGGGAACGGCACCUGACAACAGCCAUAUGCUGGUUGGGCCGUGAUGAACGCAUGUAGAGCUUUAACAGGUUUUACUGCACUCAGGGUUUUACUGGAUCCACAACUGGCAGGAGUAGGACAACUCUCGGCAGAGAGACCUAGUUUAACCAGUCAUUCCGCCGAAGCACAAUACAAGGAAUUCAGAGCGGGGUGUGUGCUGUCGUACUUGUAAUGUUGACAGAAGAGCCACUAAGCAACACAGGGAGGUUUGAAGCAACUUAUGAGAUAUGGUUGUUUUUCAGCUUUAGAAUAAAAGCUUCCUAAUAAAUCUUAAUGCUACCAGAGUCAGUCGCUUCUGUGGAGUCUAGCCACUUCUUCAAAAUGUUCGCCAUAAUAAAAGAAUGGGACGAGGGAUCUGGCUGUCACACAACCAACACUGACAAAUACCUGCUACUUGUUCUUUUCAAGCUGGGACUGGAUAUUGCAGUUUUUUACCUCUGCUGUCGGAGGAUUUGCACUUCCUUUAUAACCAUGUGCAGCCUGUCUAUCAUCCUGGCUGACGUGGGGAUGGCAAUUUCUGUGGCAAGCCUGUGGUUUCUGGAACCCGAAAGGUCGCUUGUGACACUCUGCUUCAUUCUAGCCAAUGCCUCAGCAAUAUAUAAAGCACUGCCACUGCCGAUAAUGUGCCUGGGGUUACUAAACUACUGUUUAGAGAAUUCACUACACAGCAACCAGAGAACUGUGUGGAAGUUCCUCAAGAAUCUGGUCCUGACAUUGCUGGUGUGGAUGCAAGCCUUUAUGUACACCUUUGGUUCUGUCAGAAGCAAACUGAUAGAACUGGAUUAUGUGAAUGGGACAAAAGCUUUGGUGUGUGCAGCAGAGGAGUCUUCGCUGAUUAACCACCUAAUUUUGGGUGUUUUUAUCAUCGUUAUUUUUUCGAUGCUGCCAUUUUGUUCAAGAAUUCCCCAGUGGAUAAAAGAAGCAGACAGGUUGUGUGACUUAAGGGAGAAACAAGAAAACCAGAAAAGUGACUUUUUCUUCACUUCAACCCAGUGGAACGAGACAAAAGGCAAUGAGGACACGAAUGACACCAUUAAGGAACGACCACCUUUGUGGUUCAGUCUAACUAUGGGUUUUGGUAUAUUUUGGAUGCCCUAUCUCAUAGUGACUGUGGCCUCUGUGGUUUUUGGCUUGGAUGUACCUGCAUACAUCAACGUUAACCUUCUGUGGCUGGAGUGCAUGAAUAGUGUAGUGAUGGGUGUGAUGUUCUGGAUAAAGAGCAAGAAAUUAGGGCCAUACAGCAAUCUACCAGAGAACGUGUGCAUGUGGCAUAUUUACUGGCAUCUGAGCAAAGGAACCCAACAGCAGCCACUACCUAUAUCUGUAUUUAAUCCAUCAAAAGAAAAGCAAAACACUAUUCUCAGUGUGUAAUACAAAAAAGAUAAGAAAAAGUCCUAAAAAGGACAAUAUAUAGUAAAUUGAAAACACGAUGCAAGGAUAUGAAUUAAUGCUUUGUGAAUGCUGUGACAGUGGAAAGAAAGCCUGACCAGAUAAAUGCGUCGUUUGCACAUAAGAAUAUGAAGAAGUGGCAUAGUGCAUAAUAUGAAACAGAAAAAUGUCGUUUAUACAUCUACAAAAAUCAGUGUAAAUUUUAAAAUGUAUAUUAGUUACUCUGUAUCAUUCUGUGCUUUAAACAAUAGUUUUAGAUUUCAAGAAAUGCUACCACAGGCAGAAGAUUUGUUUACAUAUUGUAUAAAAUAAUAUAUUCCUAUUGUUUUGUUUAUUUCGAUGUUAAAUGUUUCAAUAAAAUAAACUGAAAUGAAA